CGGAGUUGAAUGAUUGAACUUUCCAGCGGAGUUGCGGCGGCGCCAGGUCCGGCAGUGCGGCCCCGGCGCGGAGCUGGGAGCCACGGCCAGCGCCCGGCGCCCGCGCCCGCGACCCGCAGCCAUGGAGCCCGGCGCGCCCGGCGCAGCCCUGACCCUCUGCCUCUGGCUGGCGGUCUGCGGGGGCUGCCUGGCGGCGAGCCCCGGAGCGGCGGCUGCGCGGCGGCUGGACGAGUCGCUGUCGGCCGGGAGCGUCCAGCGCGCUCGCUGCGCCUCCAGGUGCCUCAGCCUGCAGAUCACGCGCAUCUCCGCCUUCUUCCAGCACUUCCAGAAUAAUGGUUCCCUGGUUUGGUGCCAGAAUCACAAGCAAUGUUCUAAGUGCCUGGAGCCCUGCAAGGACCCGGGGGACCUGAGGAGUCGCCAGUGCCAGAGUUUCUGUGAGCCUCUGUUCCCCAAGAAAAACUACGAGUGCUUAACCAGCUGCGAGUUCCUCAAGUACGUCCUCUUGGUGAAGCAGGGGGACUGUCCAGCUCCCGAGAAAGCCAGUGGCUUCGCAGCCGCCUGCGUGGAGAGCUGCGAGGUGGACCACGAGUGCUCGGGGGUGAAGAAAUGCUGCUCCAACGGCUGCGGGCACACCUGCCAGGUGCCCAAGACGCUGUACAAAGGUGUCCCCUUGAAGCCCAGGAAAGAGCUACGAUUUACCGAGCUCAAGUCCGGACAGCUGGAGGUGAAGUGGUCCUCGAAAUUCAACGUUUCCAUUGAGCCCGUGAUCUACGUGGUUCAGAGAAGAUGGAAUUAUGGGAUCCACCCCAGCGAAGACGAUGCCACUCACUGGCAAACAGUGGCCCAGACCACGGACGAGCGAGUUCAAAUGACGGACAUCAGACCCAGCAGGUGGUACCAGUUCCGAGUGGCAGCUGUCAAUGUGCACGGGACCCGGGGCUUCACGGCACCCAGCAAGCACUUCCGCUCUUCCAAAGAUCCGUCCGCACCACCGGCGCCGGCCGACCUCCGGCUGGCCAACUCCACCAUCAACAGCGACGGCACCGUCACCGUCACCGUGGCUUGGGACCUGCCCGAGGAGCCAGACGUGCCUGUGCACCACUACAAAGUGUUUUGGAGCUGGACGGUCAGCAGCAAGUCCCUCGUCCCGACGAAGAAGAAGCGGAGGAAGACGACAGAUGGGCUUCAGAACUCCGUAGUCCUGGAGAGACUUCAGCCAGACUGCGAUUACACGGUGGAGCUACAGGCCAUCACGUACUGGGGACAGACCCGCCUCAAGAGUGCCAAGGUGUCCCUUCACUUCACGCCCACACACACCACCAGUCGCAAAGAGCAGCUCGGGAAACCCAGGAAAGGCGUGAUCCAAAUCCAGCCCCCCUUCCAAAGAAGGCGGCCCACCCGUCCGCUAGAAAUUGGAGCUCCGUUCUACCAAGACAGCCAGCUGCAGGUCAAAGUCUACUGGAAAAAGACGGAAGAUCCCAGAGUCAACAGAUACCAUGUGGAGUGGUUUCCAGAGGUAUGUGCCCACAACAAAACAGCCGGAUCAGAGACAUCUUCUGCCGUGACCCAUGAAAAUUACGUGAUUCUUCAGGACCUGUCCUUUUCCUGCAAAUAUAAGGUGAGCGUCCAACCUAUCCGGCCCAACAGUCACUCGAAGGCAGAAACCAUCUUCUUCUCUACCCCACCCUGCUCCGCUCUGAAGGGGAAGAGCCACAAGUACCUUCAGUGUCCGGGAGACUCAGGGCCCGUCUUCUCCAAAGUCCUGGCCAAGCCUGAGAACCUGUCUGCGUCCUUUAUCGUCCAAGACGUGAACAUCACCGGCCACUUUUCUUGGAAGAUGACCAAGGCCAACCUCUACCAGCCCAUGACGGGGUUUCAAGUGACUUGGGCGGAGGUCACCACGGAGAGCAGGCAGAACAGCUUACCCAACAGCAUCAUUUCCCAGUCCCAGAUUCUGCCCUCGGAUCACUACGUGCUGACGGUGCCCAGCCUGAGGCCAUCCACCCUUUACCGGCUGGAAGUUCAGGUGCUGACCGCGGGAGGAGAGGGGCCCGCCACCAUCAAGACCUUCCGCACGCCGGCCCUGCCGCCCUCCGCCGCACACAGAUCCCACCUGAAACAUCAUCACCUGCACCAUUACAAGCCUUCUCCGGAAAGGUACUGAACUGUCCCGAGGCUUCGUGGGACCCUGAACUGUCCCGAGGCUUCGUGGGACCCGGCCACGGCCACGUCUCCCCGGAGAAGCAGCAGGUACUUCUGAGAGACCUUCCCCUCCUGGGCGCUCCAGUGCCCCGGGCCCCUGUGCCCUCCCUCCCUAGGACAUUGCAUUCAGUGACCAGGAUGGACAUCGAUUCCCUCGGAAAACGGAGAAAACAGAACAGGUCAAUUCGACUCUGAAUUUCAGUGUUGGGUACGGUUUUGCUCAUCUCUAUUGAAUAUUUGCAGAAUUGAGACUUCUCUGAAUUUGGAACAGCAAAAUCUCAAAGCUGAGGACACAGUUCACAUACAUAUCACACAUGCCUUGAAUCGAUAAAAUAGACGUGGUUCGAUUAUUGUUUUGAUUUGCAACAUCAGCUAAGACUAUACACAGCCUUUGGGCCCUACAGCUCCAAAUCUUUCCUAAGAGCAUUUGUACCAUGGCUGGGUGGUUUUUAACUUACAGAGUUCAUAUUCUGAAUUAUAAAUUUAAAUCUAAAAAUGGUCCCACAUUAAGCAUGCUAGGUUUCUUUUCAUACAAAGAAUACUGAACGUUCAGUCUGUAAUUAAUCGUGUACCAGACACCCCAAAGCAGAGGGACUCGAUGAAUUAAGCUGAUCCAUAGAUUUUUGCCUUGGAACAAUGAAAAUUAUUUUCUGGGGAUGCCUUUUAAUAUUCCAUCCGAUGUGGGAGGUUUUCCUGAUGUGUUAACCUAUUUAUUCUGUUAGUCUGCUUUGCUUGACCAUCCAAAAAUUCAAAGACCUCUUGCUUCAAAUGAAAGAAUCUGAGCUCUUGAGCAGUUUUAAGAGAACUUUAUGGAGGUUUGUCCUUUCUGAAUCUAAGGAAGCUAUUUGCAUGUGAGAAUAUUCUCAGCAAGGUACAAACAAAACAGCCUUGCUUAUUAGAACAAAGGAUGAUUAUUUCCCUUAACCUUUACUUUUUCAGAUGCAUUAAAUCUUACUGUGUGGGAAAUUUCUUAUACUCCAGACCAGCCCUUAGUAGAAGGAGGUCAAGUCAAGUUACGCCAUCAGUAAAGGGUGGCGCAGCGUGUGGGGAGGCACCCUGGAACCAGAACCAUUUAGGGGCACAGGAUUCUUUCCUGAGGGAACACUCAGAGGUGUGGUUUAAAAUAGGCAUGGGUGUGGGUCCCGGCAGCUCCUGUGUGUGUGUGUGUGUGUGCAAGCUGACCUGUGUCUGCACACACACUCCCGUGCGAAGAUGUACUCCUAAGCAGAAUCACACGGAAUUCCACAUACAUGAGAAUAAGUUGCGUGUGCGUAAGCUCUUGGGCAGCUCAGCAGCGGUGAGAGAAAUCGGGUUCUUCUGCAGAUCAUAAAUAUAUAGUGGAUGAUUCCGUUUCCCCAUCCACGUGGAUUCUGUAAGAAAAGAGCACUUUUUGAACAUUGAUUACUGGACAAAGAGGGCUCCCCAUUUCUCCAUCCCCCCGAAUACAGCAGGAAGAAAACCAGUAAGGUUGUUCUCCGCUUUGGGAACAGACUCACCCCUUGUCCUUGAGCAGUAUCCAGGGUGCGUGCCAUCUCCAGGUGCGUGGCCCACGCAGAGCUCACUGACUCUGUGAUGUCAUGGUGCUGUCCAAAGGCAGGUGGACAGCCAGGUGGAGGACGUCACUUUUAGGAUGAAGUGGAGGGUGCAGAUCUGAGGCAACCGUCUUAAACCCGGAUGCCUAGUGAGAGACGCUGACUGACACGCGUUCCCUGUGUGUGCAAGGAUUGAAAAAGUGGGGAAGGUAGGGAGGCUUGGCGUCUGUGUGUAAGCAAGUUGGAGCAGGACCCUCAAGAGGGGGGUUCCUAAUGAUCCUGAAGGGUUCUCUGCAGCUCUUCCUGCAGACUGGGGUGGACCUACUACCCCGUGCUGUGGAAGUCUCUGAUUCGAGGAGUAUUUGAAACCAGAGAACAAGGAAACAGCUUUUGUUGGAAAGCACCCGAGCUUAAGCAAAACCAGGGAUAUCCCAAACCAUGGUGUGUUCUAGUGCCGCUACCAACAUCUGAACUUCCAGUUUUUAAAAUUUCAAAAAUUGAAACUAUUAAUUAUUGGCUCUAUGUGUAUCUUCUACCUUCAUCUGUUAUGAACAAGUCAAAAUAUUUAUGCCAGCCGAGUUUUGUACUUUUGUAUAGUUAAAAAUGCAGGAGUCUUUGCAUAGAUACAAAAUAUUAUUAAAUUAUUAUGUAAAUUUAAUAUUAUAACAUUUAAUUUUGUUUCUUUUGUCUGGGUAAAAGACAUUGAGCAAAUAUAUUUCCAGUUCAGAAGAUGAAUCUGAAACUUACAUCAUCCUUAAGAAAUCCAUAGCAGCUUUCGUGAGCAUCUAAUUUUGGUGUGGUAUUCAAAAAUUUAAGUUUUAAUAGUGUUGUUGGAAGGAAAACGCUGUUAACGAGGUAGUCAAAGAGAUAUGUAUCUUUCUGAAUUUUAGUAAUCCCCAGUAAUAAUCAAAUGAUCAAAACUAGUUAAAAUUUUUUGAAUUUUUAGAAAUGUGAGCACCCUAAUAAAAGUGAAAAAAAAUCUGUUUUUUUUUCCCAAAAUAAAAUACCAUUUUAGUUUCUCAUUCUCUAAUGUGCUUUACUGAGAUUAGAUGCAUUUCCCUUGAAUGAGAAAAAUAGAUCCAAUAACAGUUUAAAAAAUCGAGCUCAUCAGAAAUACUCACCAGAUACAGGUGGUUAACUUGAUAUACGCAGCAGUCUCAUACAUUAUUUUCACUUAUAAAAUUCACUCCUUGGUGAUGAAUUUUUCUGUGUUGCCAUCUUUUCCUAAGUGGAAUUCUAUGGAAAUGAUUUUGACAAGCCAUCUUGUGUCCAUUAAGUCAUCCAUUACUCUAGAUGACAGGUUAGAGAGAAUAACGUUUAUGACACGUCUUUUUUGGAAAUGUUUAUUAAGCAAUACCUAAAGAUUAAAAAUACACCCAAACCCUAGAAUCACUCUGCUCCCCAAAACCCACAUGCAUUGACUCAAUCAAUCGGGCUUUCUCAAAUGCAGCACUUUAAAACUGGGUUUGCACAGAUCUUUCUUGAGGGCACUGUGCAUUGUAGGGUAUUUACCUGUCCCCCAGGGCAGGAGGGGACCCAUUGAGGAAUCUUUACUGAAAAGAUGAGAAUUUGCCCUGUAUAAGAAACCAACUCAACUGCAGGAGAAAGUCCCAGGAGCUGAGGGUUAGCCAAGAAAUUAAUACAGACCCUAAAGGCUGAAGUUGUUUCUAUAUCCACUGCAAAACCCGAUCUCAAAACUGAAUUUCAGUUUGCAUCUGUAUCAUGCAAGUCUACAUAUGAAUUUUGCUCAAUGUAUCAGUAGGUGUCGUUGAUGAUAUUGACUUACUUUAUAUCUUUUGUUACACUGCAUUCCAUGGUUUCUCCAAUUUGCACAUCCCCAUAACUGCAAAUAACUCCGAGCACCAAGGCUAAGUAUCUGCAUGUACCUUAAACUUCACCGUGAAGAUGUGGACUCUUACCUACGGUUUUGCAUGGCCCAGAUCAGUUUCACGUAAGGCAUGGAACCCUGGUGGCUGUCUUGCCUUGGCUGAGUAUUUUAUCAAGUUAUACAGUUCGCAGAGUGAUUAACAGAGUUCUAUACAAAGUUAUUAUUUUUUUCUCUUCUUUAAUUAUAUGGUAGUAUGCAGAUAACAGCGGUUACCCUCUCAUGCAAAAGGUCUGUAGAAAUCACUUUGCUUCUCGUGGUCAUUUAAAGUCAAUAUUUAUUUAUGUAUGUAAUAAAAAAAGGUUGAAUUUCUGUGUAUGUCUGUCAUAUUAUUAGAGAGAAGUAAUCUUGUAAAAAACGUUUUGUAAAAACACAAGAAAGUAUUGUACAUAGCCUGAUAUUCCGUGACUCAUGAUUUUCCUGUUAGAGUUUGUACAUACUGAUUCAGUAAUAAAGUAUCUCUAAACCUGU